CAACGUAGAAACUCUCACAACAGGAAGCAAAGAUUAUAUAAAGCUUUCUCGUCGGGACUACGUUGUUUGUUACUUUGCAAGAGCAAAGUCCGAAAUAUAUACACAUUUACUCCCCUCCAUUUUCGAUACCAGUUGCCGUCAACAUGACUUCGUUAAUCCAGGCAUUGAAGACCCCUCUUGCCCUUCGUUCUGUUGGUUUCAUUAAAAGGAGCUUGGCCUCCACUACCAACCCAACUACAUCGUCAAUCCCUGCACCCCAACAUGAGAAGCAAGGAGCAUCUACUGGCUAUUGUUUCGAGCUUACGCCAGAACAGCGUGAAGUUCAAGAGCUGGCCAGGAAGUUUGCUCGUGAAGAUGUCAUCCCUGUUGCAGCCCAUCACGAUAGAACUGGAGAGUACCCAUGGGAGCUUAUUAAGAAAGCUCACAGUCUGGGACUCAUGAAUGGUCACAUUGAUGCUGAAUUCGGUGGCAUGGGACUGAGCAAUUUUGAAGGAUGCCUCAUUGCUGAAGAACUUUCAUAUGGUUGCACUGGUAUUGGAACUGCAAUUGAAGCCAACGGUCUUGGGCAAUCCCCAGUAAUCUUGGCUGGAAACAAGGAACAGAAGAAGAAGUACUUGGGUCGCAUGGUUGAGGAACCCCUCAUGUGUGCUUACGGUGUCACCGAACCUGGAGCAGGAUCAGAUGUCGCCAAUAUCAGAACCAAGGCGGAAAAGAAGGGCGAUCAUUACGUUUUGAAUGGACAGAAAAUGUGGAUCACCAAUGGCGGUCACGCAAAUUGGUAUUUCGUCUUGGCCCGCACAAAUCCCGAUCCUAAAGCCCCACCUCAUAAAGCUCUGACUGGUUUCAUCGUCGACCGUGAUACACCCGGACUCACUCCCGGCCGAAAGGAAAUCAAUAUGGGCCAAAGAGCUUCCGAUACCCGGGGAAUCACAUUCGAAGACGUUUUAGUACCCAAAGAGAAUGUUCUGAUUGGUGAAGGUGCCGGUUUUAAAAUCGCUAUGGGCGCUUUCGACCAGACCCGCCCUCCGGUGGCUGCUGGUGCCGUUGGUUUGGCUCAACGAGCUUACGAUGAAGCCAUGAAAUAUGCCAUGGAGCGAAAGACUUUCGGCGUCCCCAUUUUUAAACACCAGGCUGUGGCUUUCAUGUUGGCUGACAUGGCCAUCGGUAUCGAGACAUCUCGUCUCGCUUGGAUGAGGGCUUCCUGGGAAAUUGAUCAAGGAAGGCGAAACACCUAUUACGCUUCCAUCGCCAAGGCUCUGGCUGGUGAUGUGGCCAACAAAUGUGCCACCGACGCUGUCCAGAUUUUUGGUGGCAAUGGUUUCAAUUCCGAGUAUCCCGUUGAAAAACUCAUGAGAGAUGCCAAGAUUUAUCAAAUUUAUGAAGGAACUGCCCAAAUCCAGCGCGUUAUUAUCUCCAAAGAAAUCGUUUCUCGUUUCACUGCUUAAAGAAAAGAAAAUUAGAAAUCUUUUUAUCGUGAAACUUUUUUAAAAAUUCAAUCUCAUCUAUCGAUCUGAGCUCAUCCGAAUAAUAAAGGUUUAAAAGACCUAAAAAAAAACGAAAAAUCGAUACAAUGCAAUUAGUUUUUAAGUGAACAUUUAUAUUUCUGCAAUACAAGAAGUUCAGCACA